UUUCCAGGGUUGGUCUGAACAGCCAGGAACGCCCCAUACAAAAAACGACUCCAUCGUGCCGAACACUACUGUUAAAGGAUUCUUUGAAACUGCUCAAAAAUUCAGCUAGAUUUUUAACCUCAAACUGGAGUCCCCGGUACUGUAAGCGUAAAGAACCUUAUUUUGGAAGUCAAUGUCGUAUGCGAUGUUCCGCUCUCAAAGAAGGGGAUUGGGCACUCGGCGUCUGCUGCUGUUGCUUCUGCUCCUCGCAGUCUGGGAGGCCGGGAGCGGCCAGGUCCACUACUCGGUCCCGGAGGAGGCCAAACACGGCACCUUCGUGGGUCGCAUCGCCCAGGACCUGGGGCUGGAGCUGACGGAGCUGGUGCCGCGCCUGUUCCGAGUGGCGUCCAAAGGCCACGGGGACCUUCUGGAGGUAAAUCUGCAGAAUGGCAUUUUGUUUGUGAAUUCUCGGAUCGACCGGGAGGAGCUGUGCGGGCGGAGUCUGGAGUGCAGCAUCCACCUGGAGGUGAUCGUGGACAGGCCGCUGCAGGUUUUCCAUGUGGAGGUGGAGGUGAAGGACAUUAACGACAAUCCACCGGUGUUCUCUCUCAGAGAACAAAAGCUGCUGAUUUCUGAAUCUAAGCAACCUGACUCUCAUUUUCCUCUAGAGGGAGCUUCUGAUGCGGAUAUAGGAGAGAAUGCUCUAUUGACCUACAGACUAAGUCAAAAUGAGUAUUUUUCUUUAGAAUCACCAACACAUAGUAAGCAGACUAAAAGACUGUCGCUUACAUUAAAGAAAUACCUGGAUCGAGAGGAAACUCCAGAAAUUAAUUUGCUACUGACAGCUGCAGACGGGGGAAAACCAGAGCUCACUGGCACCGUUCUGCUUUUUGUCCAAGUCUUGGAUAUUAACGACAAUGAUCCGGAAUUUGAGCAAUCAGAAUAUAAGGUGAGAUUGAUGGAAAACGUAGCUAAAGAAACUUUUGUGAUAAAGCUAAAUGCCACAGAUCGAGAUGAAGGAGUCAAUGGGGAGGUAACCUACUCCUUGAUGUCAGUUAAGCCCAAUGGAAAACUCUUAUUUACACUAGAUGAAAAUAACGGAGAAGUGAGGGUCAAUGGAUCUUUAGAUUAUGAAGAAAACAAGUUUUAUGAAAUUGAAGUACAGGCCACAGAUAAAGGGAAUCCCCCAAUGGCAGGUCACUGUACAGUCUGGGUAGAAAUAUUAGACGCUAAUGAUAAUGCCCCUGAAGUCACUGUGACUUCCCUGUCUCUCCCAGUACGAGAGGACACUCAGCCUAGCACUGUCAUUGCGCUGAUCAGUGUAUCUGACCGUGACUCCGGUGCCAACGGACAGUUGAUCUGUUCUCUAACGCCCAACGUCCCCUUCAAGCUGGUGUCCACCUUCAAGAAUUACUAUUCGCUGGUGCUGGACAGCGCCCUGGACCGAGAGAGAGUGGCGAACUAUGUUCUAGUAGUGACCGCGCGGGACGGAGGCUCGCCUUCGCUAUCCACCACAGCUAGCAUGUACGUGGAAGUGGCCGACGUGAACGACAACGCGCCGGCAUUCGCGCAGCCCGAGUACACGGUGUUCGUGAAGGAGAACAACCCGCCCGGCUGCCACAUCUUCACGGUGUCUGCGCGCGACGCCGACGCGCAGGAGAACGCGCUGGUGUCCUACUCGCUGGUGGAGCGGCGCGUGGGCGAGCGCGCGCUGUCGAGCUACGUGUCGGUGCACGCGGAGAGCGGCAAGGUGUACGCGCUGCAGCCGCUGGACCACGAGGAGCUGGAGCUGCUGCAGUUCCAAGUGAGCGCGCGCGACGCGGGCGUGCCUCCGCUGGGCAGCAACGUGACGCUGCAGGUGUUCGUGCUGGACGAGAACGACAACGCGCCCGCGCUGCUGCCGCUGCGGCCUGGGGCGGGCGGCGCGGGCGGCGCGCUGAGCGAGCUGGUGUCGCGGUCGGUGGGCGCGGGCCACGUGGUGGCGAAGGUGCGCGCGGUGGACGCGGACUCUGGCUACAACGCGUGGCUGUCGUAUGAGCUGCAGCCGGCGGCGGGGGGCGCGCGCAGCCCGUUCCGCGUGGCGCUGUACACGGGCGAGAUCAGCACGACGCGCAGCCUGGACGAGGCGGACUUGGCGCGCCAGCGCCUGCUGGUGCUGGUGAAGGACCACGGCGAGCCGGCGCUGACGGCCACGGCCACCGUGCUGCUGUCGCUGGUGGAGAGCGGCCAGGCGCCAAAGGCGUCGUCGCGGGUGUUGGCGGGCGCGGCGGGCGCGGAGGCGGCGCUGGUGGAUGUCAACGUGUACCUGAUCAUCGCCAUCUGCGCCGUGUCCAGCCUGUUGGUGCUGACGCUGCUGCUGUACACGGCGCUGCGGUGCUCGGCGCCGCCCACGGAGGGCGCGUGCGGGCCUGGGAAGCCCACGCUCGUGUGCUCCAGCGCGGUGGGGAGCUGGUCGUACUCGCAGCAGAGGCGGCAGAGGGUGUGCUCUGGGGAGGGCCCGCCCAAGACCGACCUCAUGGCCUUCAGCCCCUGCCUACCUCCGGGUUCGGAUAGAGAAGUCGAAGGGGAAAGGCAGGACGCAGGAUCAAAUCACCCUGGGCAGGUCAUUGUACAGUCCUAGUGGAAGUUCUGGAUCUGAAUGACAAUACCCCUGAGGUAAUGAUCACUUCGCUGUCGCUUCCGGUGCGAGAGGAUGCUCAGGUGGGCACGGUCAUCGCCUUGAUCAGCGUGUCCGACCGUGACUCUGGCGCCA